AGUGCCUGUAAUAAAAUUGAAGACAAUCUUGACAUUUUCUUAUCAUCCCCGGCCUCUUGAAUAUUGUCUAUUAAUUUUAUCUGAUGGUUGUACCCACUCAACUGUUGUUCAGAAGUGCCAUAGCAAUGGAGACGGUGCUGAAAAAUAUUUUCCUGCAGAGUGUCGAAUCGGUGCGGAUGAAAAAUCUCUUUCAAAACCAAAAGUGUUUACAAGUUAAUCACACAAGUGGCCGAUUGAUUGUGGAAAUCAAUGCUGGGAGAUGCACGACACCACAUCGGGUUGACAUCACGGGCAAGCGAUGCCACCUUGUGGGCUUCGGUAAGGCAGUUUACGGCAUGGCAGCCGAAGUGGAAGCUAUUCUGGGCACACACCUUGUGUCGGGGAUACUCAGUGUACCCUGUGGAACGGUGGAAAAAUUCAAAGGGACUGUGCAGCUCAACGGUCGCUUGGAGGUUUGUGAGGGGGCGAAGAAUAAUCUACCGGAUGAUGAAGCUCUUGGGACGGCGAUUAGAGUAAAAGAAUUCGCGUCGAGGCUGUCGGAUGAUGAUGUGCUGUUUGUGCUCAUUUCGGGCGGUGGGAGUGCCCUCCUGCCUCUUCCGGCAGCGCCAGUGAGUCUCGGGGAGAAAAUGCAAAUUAUCCGAAUGUUGGUUAAAUGCGGCGCCACAAUAAACGAACUGAACACGGUACGAAUUGCAAUUUCCAGCAUAAAGGGUGGCAAACUAGCUACUACAGCGAGGAAGGCUCAUCAAAUAAUUUCUCUAGUAGUCUCUGAUAUUGUUGGGGAUCCCGUGGAUUUGAUUGCAAGUGGACCAACCUAUGUAUCCAACAUUAACUAUCAAAAGGCAGCUAAUGAAAUUAUUGAUCAGUAUAAAUUGCGCGGGAAACUUCCGAAGUCCGUUGAAGAAGUUCUAAAUGGAAAAUUCAAAGAUGAGGAGGAGAUAAGAAUGCCAAACAAUCACAUUUCUAUAAUUGCAAAUAAUUCAAUAGCCGUUGAGGCAGCCUUAUUGGACGCUAAGAAAGCUGAUCUUCAUGCAAUUUGUCUAUCAAGGACCAUUGAAGGCGAUGUUGAGAAAUUAAGCGAGAUUUACCUGCAACUUCUUCUUGCAAUCAAAGAUUAUCUCCACCUCGAUCCAAAUGUAGAGAAUAAAAAUCUCUUGAGGAAGAAAUGCGAGACCAUUUUGAAGGAUCUAAAAUAUGAUGGAGAUUUUAUCAAUAAUCUCAUUGAAGCUUUAAAAGAAAAAUCAAAGCGAGGACUUUGUAUUGUAGCAGGAGGUGAGAUAACAGUUGAAAUUAAAGGUAAAGGACUUGGAGGAAGAAAUCAAGAAUUAACACUGCACGUUCUCCGGAAGUUACUCAAUCACGAUGAAUGUCAUGAGUUAGGGGAGGUGGCCUUCCUCUCAGCCGGCACUGAUGGGAUUGAUGGCCCAACAUCAGCUGCAGGAGCCGUAGGGACACUCUCAGGACUCAAAGGAUGCUCCACCAAAUGCACCCUCGAGGAUUUUCUCUCCACCAACAAUUCAUACGCCUUCUGGAGAGACUUCUACCCCCGUGGGCACAUUGUAACAGGACACACGGGUACAAAUGUAAUGGACAUCCACAUACUCUUCCUCCCAUUUUCAUAGAGCGCACACAAUAUAUACGAUAAGCAUCGCUCAAUGGGCAGCGGAAUGCGCGCGAGGCAUUAACAUUCAUUAAUGAUGAUGAUAGCGGAGUGAAAUUAAUUCAAUUCCUGUUUAUGGGUGUCAAUUUACAAUAAAUGCGCCAUGCAAUAA